GAUCGGUAUCCUGUAGGUUACGUGCUGGGAAAUGAGACGAGGUGGCCUCAGAGAGAACGCAGAGAGCAUCAGAGAGGACUCAGAGAGAACGCAGGACUGAGUUUCCUCCGCCUGUCCCUUGGCUGACGGUGGCUUCUAGCACCUCUGACCUCUUUCCUCGUAGUCCCCGCCCAGUCUCCGCCCUCCCCUUGCUCCACCCUCUUCCUUCUAGACAGGCCUCUGAGAGGAAACUGAAAGUGAAAUUAGGGAUCAGGCUUGUGCAGCGAAGCUGAGAGCAGUGGCUAAUGCUGAGGAUCCUGGUAAGAAUUCUACAGCCUCAGAAAUGUCUGUGGAAAGGAUGUGGGAGGACGUCACCUGCGCCAUCUGCCUGGACCCCAUGGCAGAGCCAGUGAGCAUCGAAUGUGGCCAUAGCUUUUGCAAGGAAUGCAUUUCUGAGGUUGGGAAAAAUGGAGGCAGUUCAUGUCCCGAGUGCCGGCAACGCUUUCUGCUCAAAAACCUCAGGCCCAAUCGACAUAUAACCAACAUGAUAGAAAACCUUAAAAAAACAGCCCAGGAUGCCAAGAAGGGCAGCCCGGAAGACCGCUGCAUAAAGCAUGGAGAGAAGCUUCAUGUGUUCUGUGAGGAAGAUGGGCAGGCCCUUUGCUGGGUGUGUGCCCAGUCUGGGAAACACCGUGACCACACCAAGGUCCCUAUCGAAGAGGCCGCUCAGGUGUACCAGGAGAAGCUCCACAUGGCUUUAGAAAAACUGAGGAAAGGGAAAGAAUUGGCCGAGAAGCUGGAAAUGGAUCUUGCAAAGCAGAGAACAGACUGGAAGAGGAACGUGGACAUACAGAGGUCGAGGAUUCAUUCGGAGUUUGUACACCAGAAUAACUUGCUGGCCAAGGAGGAGCAGAGGCAGCUGCAGAAGCUGGAGAAGGAUGAGCGGGAGCACCUCAGAGUCCUGGGGGAGAAGGAGAUUGAGCUAGCUGAGAAGAAUCAGGCCCUGCAGGAACUGAUCACAGAGCUGGAGCGGAGGAGCCGUGGCUCUAACCUGGAGCUACUGCAAGAGGUGAGGAUUGUCCUAGAAAGGAGUGGAUCCUUUAACCUGGACACGUUAGAUGUUACCUCCCCGGACCUGACAAAUGCGUGCCAUGUGCCAGGGCGGAAGAAGAUGCUGAGGACAUGUUGGGUCCAUAUCACUCUGGACCGCAGCACAGCCAACCCAUGGCUCAUCAUUCCAAAGGACAGGAGACAAGUGAGGCUUGGAGAGACCCUUCAGAAUGUGCCUGAAAACGCGGAGAGAUUCGAUAAUUACCCCAUGGUGCUAGGUGCCCAGAGAUUCACCUCUGGGAAGAUUUACUGGGAGGUAGACGUGACCGGAAAGGAGGCCUGGGAUCUGGGAGUUUGCCGAGAGUCUGUGCAGAGGAAGGGGCUGUUCUCACUCAGUCCUGAGAACGGCUUCUGGACCAUUUGGCUGUGGAACAAAGACAAUUACGAGGCUGGCACCAUCCCCCAAACCACUCUCCACCUGCAGGUGCCUCCGUGCCAAGUUGGGGUCUUUGUAGACUAUGAGGCUGGCAUUGUCUCCUUCUAUAACAUCACUGACCACGGCUCCCUCAUCUACACCUUCGCGGAGUGUGACUUUGCUGGACCCCUGCGGCCCUUUUUCAAUGUCAGUUUCAAUGACGGUGGAAGAAACUCAGCCCCUCUGAAGCUCUGUCCACUGAAGAUGUGAUGGUUGGACUCAGUGCCUGCUGACCACACUUUGUGGAUGCUGUUCCCUCCUCCCUGUCACGACUACUGAAGGCAGUUCCCAGAGACUGUUAUUUCCUGUUGGUGUUCCUGCCAUGCACUCUGCCUUUUUUGCCCAUCCAGUGGAACCAUCUCACACCCUCAUCUCUUUAGAGGAGCUAGAGCCCCAGAAUGAAGGCGUUAGCUGGAGCAAUGGAAAGUUGGUGUCAACUGACCUUCAACAUCAAUAUUCCUACCGUAGGUCCCUUAAGGACUCCCGCCAGUAAGACCAACUCCUCACAGUGGACCCGAACUCUUCUAACCCAGACAAGACCACAUUUCUGUCUCCUUCCUGUGACUUCCUUUGUUUUCUUUUCUCUGUUUCUUGGCUAUUAACUUGGGCCACUUAUCUAUCUAUUCCUGUAUCGUCCAUGGCUUGCCAAAAGGCGUCCUAAGAAACUGUGCCUCGGUUCUUGUUGGAGAAGCCCAAAUAUGUGUAGUUAACAUUGUACAUCUUUUAGUUUGGAUUGGGGUUUUUUGCUACCAGAGAUUUUUUGUUUGUUUGUUUGUUUGUUUGUUUGUUUCUUCCACCGCCCCGAAUGCCAACACACUUCAUCUGUAGACUAGGUCAGGAAUAUCCAGUGUGACAAACCAAAGUCAGAAUAAAAUGUGAAGCUGACUGUAGCCAUGACAGUGUACUCAUGCCCCAGUGAUGACCGAAGUCUAGGUAGACACUGAAAUGAGUACCUGAACUAGAACAUGAAUAUAUCCAGAGCUUCAAAAAUACUGUAACAAGAUAAAAUGAAGGGUGGAUAAAUGUACAAUAAAGACAAUUCAGGGCUGUUUUUAAUUCA